AUGCAUAUCUCUAGCUUCCUCAAGCUGCUCCUUGCAGCAGCAAGUCUGAUUUCGACAUCGUUGGCGUCCCCCAUAGAAAGACGCACCAAUGUUGGCAGACCAGCUGCACCCAUCUCCCCCAAAGUCGUCAUCAUCAGCAUGUUUGCCCCCGAAGCAGAAGUCUGGCACGGCAUUAAAGAGUUCGAUCUUCUGGCACAGAACAUCACAGUCCCCGGUCUCUCCCCUCUUUUCCCCGAGGUCCACUGUACCGCCAAAGGUGAUGUCUGUCAGGUUGUCACUGGAGAGUCGGAAAUCAACGCGGCCUCAACCAUCAGCGCCUUUGUGCACAGUCCCAAGUUCGACCUCACCAAAACAUACUUCAUGGUUGCCGGAAUUGCGGGGGUGAAUCCAAAGGUGGCGACCCUUGGAGCCGUGACCUUUGCCAAAUACGCGGUCCAGGUCGCGUUGCAAUACGAGUUCGACAUGAGAGAUAUGCCCUCGAAUUUCACAAGCGGGUAUAUCCCAUUUGGUGUGACCGCUCCAGACGACUAUCCCACAACGAUCUAUGGGACUGAGGUGUUCGAGGUCAACGAGGCCCUCCGAGACGUGGCCAUCAGCCUCGCUUCCGGCGCCAAACUCAACGACACGGCGGCCAGUCAAGAGUACCGAGCCAAAUAUGCCCAGGCAUCCAUAUACGCCGCUGGGGCGCAGGCGCCGAGCGUUCUGGGCUGCGACGUCGCGACCUCGGACGUGUACUACUCGGGGACGCACCUGUCGGAGGCGUUUGAAAACACAACGACCAUCUGGACCAACGGGUCGGGCAUCUACUGCACGACGGCGCAGGAGGACAACGCGAGCCUGGAAGCCAUCAUGCGCGCCGCUGCCAAGAACCUGGCGGAUUUCUCGCGCGUAAUCGUCAUGCGCACGGCCUCGGACUUUGACCGCCCUCCCCCGGGCGUAAGCCAGAUCCAGAACCUCCUGUACGUCGACCAGGGCGGCUUCACGCCGGCCAUCCAGAACAUCUAUCUGGCCGGCGUGCGCGUCGUCGAGGGCAUCCUCGCCGGCUGGACCAGCACCUUUGCGACGGGCGUGCCUGCCACAAACUACGUAGGCGACAUCUUCGCCACGCUGGGCGGGACGCCCGACUUUGGCCAGCCAAGCCAGUUCAUCUCCAACGCCGUGAGACGGAGGGACCUUGGGGCUGGGGUCACAGGCCAAGAGGAACAUCAGCUCCAGGGGAACUUGAGGAUGCGGAGGGCGGCAGAGAGCGCGCGCAGACGGCUUGCUGCCGCGCGCGCGGAGGGCAUUGUCUUGUGA